GGUGCGGCCAAGCGUUCCUGCCGAACUGCGUGGGUGCGAAACUGUGAGCAGGCGGUCACGUGACCAAAGGGCUGCUCGGGUUUCUUACCUGUAGAGGGCCCCUGUGGGUGCACCUGGACAAGAGGAGGGGUCAGCGCAUGAGCGCCACUUUGGGUCAGAGGGCAAACUGCAGUCAAAACAAAUAAAAACUUGACAACUUACAGACUUGCCUCACAGACCCACCCCACAGACUCUCUCCUCUCCACUGGUUUUUAUUUUUCUGUUGUUUUCAUUUUUAUCUUCGACUCUCCCCUUGACACAGCCCAGUUUCUCUCUCUCUCUUUCAAGUGUGAGUGAUGAAUGUGUGCAUCUGAGAUAUUUUAUUACUAUUAUUUUGUGUGUAAUAAAUUUGUUGUUUUGUAUUGUUCAUUUCGUUUUUGUCGAGGUUGUGUGGUCUGCGCUCAGCUGUAGUUCGACAGGAACGUCGUGCGCGGUCUCUGGCCAAGCGAGUGUUUGUGCGUUUGUGUGUUUGUGUAUUUGUGUGUUUAUGUGUUUGUGCGGCUGCUUGAGCGGUUGCGAGCGUGCAGCCGGCGACGGUUACGUGACUUAUUGUAAGCUGAUCAUGGGUUUACCAUUAAUGUCAAGGAGAUUGUGCCAAUCUUAAAGUCCUCCUCUCUAUAAUAUUUAUCGAGGAAAGAAAAGGAAUAAAAGUGUACAGUUUCUCAUGCACACAUAGCAGCAAGUCACAGUCAAAACUAGAAGUUAAGGAAGAAGAUAAAUCCGUGGAUUUCUUUAGUUUGUCUCUAUUUCCUUCAUCUGAGCUACAUGGAUGCACAACUUUCUCAAAUGCGUUACUGCCAGUCUUGAUGCGUUAUAGAGCCAUCAGAUUGUUAUAGUCUCAACAGGUCUGGCACAAACAAACAACUAGCCAUACAAAGGGAACACUGUCCACGAACAUUUGGCAAACUUUAAGAAAAACCUCUAAGCCGCCAUGAUGAGCAGCGACACCAACAUGACCCCGGAGAGUGGAGUCCAGUACCUCAGGGAGUUGAGCCUGCAGUCCUGGAACAAUCGUCUGCCCGUGGUUGUGUAUCUGUGUCUGCUGGUUGUAGUUGGAGCCGUGGGCAACGUCCUUUCGUUCCUCGUCUACUUCUUGCGGUUCCCCGACAGCUCCACGCGCGUUUUCGUGCUGACCAUGAGCCUCUGCGACCUCGUCACCAACAUCGUGGGUCUGCCGCUGCAGAUCCUUACCAUCCGCUACGCUUACGAUUCCUUUGACAUCUAUCUUUGCCGCAGUAUGUUCCUCUUCGCCACGAUACCUACACAAGCCUCAGGGUUCUAUCUUGUCCUCGUGGCUUUCGACCGUUACCAUCGGAUUUGCAAACCUUUUAAAAAACACCUUUCAUCCGGGCAAGCGUGGAAGCUGGUGGCUGGAGCUACAGGGGCAGCUACUCUUAUGUUUGUGCCUUUUACUGGUUUCUAUGGUUACCAUUCAGUGGACAGUCCUUUGCCCGGGGUGAAGGCUGUCAUGUGCUGGGUACACGACCCAUACCGGGAUACCUUUUACCCCACUGCCUAUCUUAUUAUCGUUGGUAUGUCUUUCUCCGCCGGUUUGUUGCUGGUGGCAACAUUCUACCUCCUGAUAGGGAUGACAGUGUUUCGACGUCGGUUUGGCAAGAAUUUCUCACAGUCCAAUCCCAUAUCGUUGGCACUGAGAGCCAGACGUGAGAGCUGUGCCGAUGACGUCAGCGGAACCCCGAGCGACGUCGGCUGCAGCCAAGCUACGUCUUCUAUCGAACUCCGUCACGUGACCUACCACAUCCCUGCCAUUGUCACAGAUCGGCCUCAUGAUAGAGAGCAGGGAAAUAUUCCGAGAGGUAGAGACAUGCGAGCUGGCUCCAUUUACACUGUACCGCUGAUAACACGACCCGAGGACCCGCCAACAGAUGUCACCACCAGGCUGACAGUGGAACCACAGGAACGCGACAAGGACACGACAGGGACAUCGAGUUUAAAUGCUCGAAGAUCAAAGAAUUACAGGCAAAGGUCUCGUACGACACUGAUGAUGGCGGUGCUGACUGGUCUCUACAUCGUUAACUGGCUUCCGCACUUGAUAAUGAGGUUACUGCUCAAAGAUCCAGUCAACAUGUGCACAAACUUCACAGACUGCGGCAUGAACCUCUAUGGUCUGUGUCUCAGGUCCUACUACCUCAACAGCGCCGUCAAUGCCUUGGUGUACAGCUUCUGUAACCCCAGGUUCCGCCUCCAGUGUCGUCUGCUCUUCACCAGAAGACCGCAUCAUGGCCGUUAACGGCAAAAGCAUGUACACAAUUAUUUUAAAAUAAUCGAUUUGAAUACAUUAUUUAAUACUACUUUCUCUUAUCUGAGCGAAACAUUCUUCCACUUUCAUGAUAUAAAAAUUUGUUCCCAUCGUAAACCUCACCUGGAAAUAGGUCAUGACCUAAGACAGUAUGAACAUAGACAUCACACAAAAAGUAUAAAAUUUCCGUGUUUCGGUCUUUCUUCAAAGUGAAGCUGUAACAUAAAGAGUCGUCUGUUCAUACAGAAGUCGUUUGUACAAUCAACUACUCAAGUCUUAGCGUGACUCACACGUGGACUAAUUUUACUGCGACAUCUUGCAACUGACAUGUAAACAGAAAUAAACUAAACAAUAAAGAGUUGUCUGUUCCUGUUUGCAUACUGUUUUUGUUUUUGAUAUUUAUUUUAUGUGUUAUUAUCAUCAAAAGACCAACAGGUUGUCAGACCUCUUGAGGCCAGCCUGCCAUGGCCGACGACGCUGACUGUGCCUAUUCAUCGUCACCAUCAUCACCUUUUACAUUUACACUAAUUUCACUACUGCACGCUUGAAAAAGCAGUUCACCGGACAGAAACAAGGCAACCACUCAUCAGGAACUUUGUUUUUUCUCUCAAGAUGGACCUGUAUCUUUUUACCGUGUUUCUUCUGGGGAUAGCCUUACUUUUCAAAAAAAAAAAAAAAAAAAAAAAAAAAAUGCAUGGUGAAGCGAAAAUAAAAGUAAGGUAUACUGCAGCGUGAGAAUAGCCCUUUAUCGAGGGUUAAACCAUGUUUACAAAUUUAUAUUUUAUCGGAGAAGUGGUUUCCUGUGCUAAAAGUUUAUCUUGUGUCAGAAAUACUAACACUUUUAAAUGGCAGUGUAUUUACUCGG